AUGAAAUUGCCUUCAGUCAACGUCAACGUAUUGCUGCAAGUGCAACAAAGGAAUAUAAUUCAAAUGUCUACAAGUAAAAGGACUUUAAACUUGUCUUCUUUAAUAGCAAAGAAAGUUUUUCAAGCGGGAUGUGAUGGAAAUCAUGACUAUGGAGAUAACCAAAAACCAUUGGGGGAUGAAAAAGAUGAAGACGAUGAGAGAAGGGAAGGAUUUUUAUCGUUGAAAUAA